AUGAAGUACUCGAUAUUAUUUCUACUAUUAUUGCUAUUCUCUGAAAAUCGCGCGGAAAAUGCUGAAAAUAAUAUUUGCGAGGUUCGCCCGGCGUCUUGUAAUUUGUUGUGUCCUUUUGGAUAUUUGCGCGAUGUUUUAAGACAGUGCACUUGUACUUGUGCGAUUGAUCCUUGUCAGGUAAUUAAUUAAUUUAAUCUAAUUAAUUUUUGAUUCGGAAAUAUUUCAGACAACGUUAUGUGCACCGUCUGAUAGUUGUAUUGCUGUUGGUCACAAAGCAAGAUGUAUCCCAAAAUUUGGUGAGUAAAAACUUCAAAGAUUUUCCAAAAAAAAUCAAUAAAGCUAUGUAAUUACCACUUUCAACACCUCUCAAAAAAUUGUAUAAUAAUUGCCUGCCUGUCCGGAUGGACAAGAGUGGACAUGUAUAAUUGUCCCCCCCCCCCCCUCGUUCUACAGGGGAGGACUACAGGGGAAAACUACAGGGGAGACGGCAUAAAAUGUAAAAAAAAAGUUGUUUCAGGGUCUCAUCGUGAUGAAUGUCCUCGUUUAACUGGAGGAGUUUGUGCUUUGAGAUGCGAAAAAGAUUCGGAUUGUAAUGGCAGACUAAUUUGCUGUUCAAACGGGUGUGGUAGAGAAUGUGUGGCACCAAUUGGUGCAGUUUCCUUUCCAAUCAAGGCUGAAAUAGUUCCAAAAGAUAGUCUCCCUGGAUCAUUUCAUAGAUUAAUCAAAGCAGUGUCUAACAUAGCUUUGAAUAGCACACCAUUUCCACCAACUAUUAGAAAUAUUGCGAAUCUUUUUGUCCCCUCAACUCUACCGAUUCGACCCGAAAUUGUUCAAACAAUCAAAGUUGGACAAUGUCCAGCACCGGAUAAUGGAAAACAACAAUGUGAAGCGCAACAAAAAUGUGCAAACGAUUUGGAUUGUCCAAAUGUUGAUAAAUGUUGCCCGAAUUCUUGUGGUGCAACUUGUAUGGAACCUCUCAAAGCCACUGCGUGUAUUCAUAUGGUUCUAGCGAUUUCGAAGCUUCCAGAAAAACGGCUGCCCAAUGAAUAUGUUCCAUAUUGUGAGAGAAAUGGACGAUUUUCAAAUAUUCAAUGUGAUUUGAAAUUUUGUUGGUGUGUUGAUGUUCAUUAUGGAACUGAGAUUGAGGGAACUCGAAUCAACAAAGAUCAACGAAGAAUUGAGAUGUGCCAGAAUCCUCGUCUCUGCGCUCACAAAUGCUACAAUCAAUGUGCACACGGUUAUCAAAUGGAUUCAUUCGGCUGCCCCGUUGCCACGUGUAAAUGUCAAGAUAUUUGCGAGAAUGUGAAAUGUGAUAAUACAUGGGAGCAUUGUCAAUUAGUCGAACCAGAUUGUGCAAAUCCACCAUGCCUCCCAGUUCCCCGAUGUCUUCUAAACCCUUGUAAAUCAGGAGUUCCAAAUAAAUUGAGCAAUGGGAUAACUGCUCUCUGCUCUUCUAAUAAAGAUUGCUCGGCUACAACAUCAACGUGUUUCCGAAUCGGAUAUAAUGGCCUCGGAUUUUGCUGUUCUGGCGUAGAUGCAUCAACUAAAGAAGGCCGCUGUCCUUCAAAACCAGCCUCAGCAAACUGUGUAUCCGGUCCAAAAUGUAAUUCAGAUGUUGAAUGUCCGAACGAUGAAAAAUGCUGUUUCAAUGGCUGCACAUUAUCAUGCACUAUUCCUGAAGGAUAUUCCUCUUCAACCAGAAAUGCGAAUCGAAUCUCUAUGAUGUUCCAACCUGGGGAAAUCGAGAAGUACAACAAGGGACAUCUAACUUCUUUAGUAGCAGAUUGUACUGAUCAAGUGGUUUCGAAUAACACAUGUUUAGCUGAAUGUCAUUCUGAUAUGCAGUGUAGUGGAAUGAAAAGAUGUUGUCGACAAGGUUGUUCUACAACUUGUAUGUAUCCAGUUAGAAGUACACGUAAGUAAAACUAUUAUUCUAGAACUAGAUCGAAAAUGAAUAAAUUUCAGCGUGUUUUCACCUCGCACUAACUGCCGAACUCUACUCUCUACGAACUGCCAUGAAAUGUGACAGAGCUGGAAACUUCGAACAAUUUCAAUGCGACGAUGAAGGUUGCUUCUGCGCUGAUAUUGUAACAGGAGAUCCAAUCCCUGGCACAAAAAUUAUCGGAAGAAAGCCGAAUUGUGAGGCGAAGAAUCCAUGCGAUCCAAUAGUUUGCAAAUCAGAAUGUCCCUAUGGUUUCGAAAAAGGUCCGAAUUUUUGUCCAACUUGCAAGUGUAAAAAUCCUUGUGAAACAGUAAAAUGUCCCCAGGGAAGUGUUUGUGUGAUGAGUUCAGUGCAAUGUUAUCAAAAUACAAAUUGUCACCCGCAACCAAGAUGUGUCAUUAAUUUCUGUCCAACUGGAGAUCCCUAUGUUUCACAAGUUGGAAAUAUCGAAAGUUGUUCGAAAGACGAAGAAUGCCCCUUUCAAACUCACUGGUGUCAUUCAAUGGGUUUAUCGUCUGGUGGUCUCUGUUGCCCAAUUCCAACUCGAACUAGAAAUCCGGGAAGCUGCCCAACAGUUCCGAUAAGUCUAGACGCAAGAAUGUGCAAAAUCAUGUGUCGAGUGGAUGAUGAUUGCAAAUCAUAUCAGAAAUGCUGUUUCGAUGGAUGCGGAGCCACGUGUAAAGGUAAGCGUGACCUUAUUUUUUUAAUUUAAAAAUUAACUAGAAGGGCUUCGCUGGCUAACGCCAUCUACAGUAGUUUGACUUACUUUUUCUCAUUAAUUUUCCGGUUAGGGAAAGAGAAACAUUGAGAAAUGCCCAAAAAUUGUUUACUUUUUCAGAGAAUGGAACGAUCAGAUAAGAAACGUGUCCUAACAUUUUUUUCGAAUAAAAACGUGAUCAUUCUUUUUUACAUGAAAAAAGUUUUGAUUUUUCACGUGAAAACUCGCGCACUUUUUGAAAAAAUGAAUAUUAGCGCAUCGAUGGGAAAGAAUUUGGGAUCGAAUGGUGAAGGUCCCAUCAAAAAUGGUCUUCUGGAAAUUGAGAAAAGUCGAGCGACACAUUUUAAAAUCGAAAAAUACAUUGGAGUUUUCAAACUUUUCACUCUCCGCGCACUCACAUACAUUUUGAGGGAGAAUUUUUGAAACGCGCAUCAUUGUGCCACCAUUUAGAAACUUUCUCUUUUUUUGAUAAUCAAUUUUUAUGCGCACAGUUUUGAGAACGGACCGCGGACAGACUCUUGCCAAAAAAAUUUUCCCAAUUAGUAUAUAGUAGAUAUCUCAUUUCUAGACAUCACUACACCGCUUGUAGAACUGACAAAGGAAAAUUUCGAGAAACCCGGAACUUGUAUUCUGGAACAACAACAGCGAGUUCUAUGCAAUCGACUGGAGAAAAAUACAUGUGAAUUCGAUUCGGAUUGUGCUGGAGUUGCAAAAUGCUGUGAUGAUGGAUGUGUUAAAUCGUGUCAAUAUCCACUUCAAACAAGUAAAUGUUUGGUUAGAAAAACGAAUCUUCAGAAAAUGGGACAAAUGGAUUUGAUAAAAUGUCGACCGGAUGGAUCUUUCGAGCAAAUUCAAUGUGAUCAAGAUUUUUGCUGGUGUGUAGAUGAAGAUGGAAAUCUAGUUGAUGGAACGAGGACCGGUGAAGAUAUCACACCUAAUUGCCCUACUACUCCAACCUGUGACCAUAUUGAAUGUGACGGUCCAAUUUGUCUCUACGGAAGAAAGAAAGAUUCAAAAGGUUGUGCGUAUUGCGAAUGCAUUGAUCCAUGUGAAGGAGUUUCAUGUCCAGAAGAAGCAGUGUGCAUUCCAACGAGCACACCGUGUGUUACCAAACCAUGCCCAACAGUUCCAAAAUGUAUCAUCAACCCAUGCCCAAAUUCCGAAAUUGUGAGAAAUUCAACUUCACUGGGACCGAAACGAUGCUCAAAAUCGUAUGAUUGUUAUGAUAGAUUGAUGACAACACAUUGUUCAAUGAUAACAGAAUCGGAAGGAUUUUGUUGUACAGCUGAACGUAAGUCUAGGGAUUUUUUUAAUUACAAAAAGUUAUUUUCAGAACCUGAGAAAACCCAUAGUGGAACAUGCCCAAAGAUCACAUCAAUAACAACAUCAAUCCUCGAAUCUUGUAUUCAGGGAUGUAAAUCGGAUGAAGAUUGUGAUACUGAUUCAAAAUGUUGUUGGAAUGGGUGUGGUCUAACAUGUGUUACGACCACCAUCCCGAAAAUAGAACCUCAACAUCAUAAUAUGAAAGAUAUUCAUAUUGGAGAAUGUUUGAAGGUAGCACCAUUGGGAGCAUUUUGUAUGCAAAGAACAUCGAUGGCGGAUUGUAAAACCGAUCAAGAUUGUCCAUCGUUGUAUAAAUGCUGUUCGGAUGGAUGUGUUAUGCGAUGUUCGCAACCACAUAAAGCGCCGUUAUGUGUGCAUCAGAGAAUUACUGCACUAGCAAUGCAAGAGAUCAGGUAACUUUUGUUAACCACUUCCAGUAACCUCGAAAACUAUUUUCAGCCACGAUGAAGAUCUAUUUAUACCCGAAUGUGAUGCGACUACUGGACAUUUCGAUGAGAUUCAAUCACACUUUGGUUUGAUGUGGUGUGUAAACGAAGUUGGUCGAGAAAUCGUUGGAACUAAAUCAACAACAGUUCCAAAUUGUGAUCAACCUCGAAAAUGCGCUCAAAAACCAUGUGACAAAAAUUGCCCCUAUGGCUACAAUACCGAUAACGAUGGUUGUCCAGUCUGUGAUUGCAUUUCACCUUGUGACUUCGUUGAUUGUCCAGCAGGAAAUGUUUGUAGAUUAGUCCCAGUGAAAUGCUCAUCUGAUACACCAAAAGAAGAAUGUCUACCAAUAGCGAAAUGCAUUCCAAACAUGUGUGCAACCGGGGAGCCCUUCGCCUUGGAAUUCAAAAGAUUGGCCGGUUGUUCACCAUGUCCCGCUGGCUUCUAUUGCAAAAACAGUGGCUAUGGUGAUAUUUCGAUAUGCUGUCCUGCUCCAGAACCCCCACAAAACUCUCUAAAAUGUCCAAAUCUCCAAACAAUGCUUGCCUCCGUCGAUGGUUCAUCGUGUGUCGUUGGUUGUCGACACCAUUCCGAUUGUCCGAAUUCAUCCUGCUGUUUCAAUGGGUGUGGAACAAGUUGUCAAUUCGAAACCUCUCCAAUCACCCCAACAAACUUCCAUAAGAUUUCUGUCACCAAGAAGCCAUUGUUAAGCAAACUGAAGAUUGAAAGAAAAGCUAGUCAGAUAACAAAUGUGAUUCAAUCAGUGAUAACAACAACAACAAUGCUAAUCCCCACAAAACUUGGAACAUGCCCGAAUAUCUUGCUGAAUCCCGGAUGUUCAGAACAAUGUAAUCAAGACAAUGAUUGCCAUGGCUUCUACAAAUGCUGUACUGCAUCUUGUGGAACACUGUGUAGUGCACCAAGAAUCGCAACAGCCUGUAUUCAUCGAUUGAUCGCUUUUGAAACCCGGGAAACUAUUCAUCCGCCAGCAGUGCAGUGCUCAACAGAUGGACUUUUCCGAAAAUAUCAAUGUGAUGUGCAAAUCAAGUAAGUUUUUUUUCGAUAAAACUAUUUUCAUGCUCAAAAUUCCAGCCAAUGUUGGUGUGUUGAUGUGAACACAGGAGUUGAAGAAAUUGGAACCCGAAUGUUCAAUUUAGGAGGUCUUGGACCAAUCGAUUGCACAAUUCCAAAACUCUGCGCAGUUCGAUGUGAACAAUCAACUUGUAUUUACGGAGUUAGGCUAGAUCACAACGGAUGUCCUUCGAAUGGUGCUUGUGAAUGUAAUAAUAUUUGUCAGGUAUAGUUCGGGAUAAGUUAAUCUUCAAAAACAUCCUAUUCAGACAUUCCAAUGCCCGCCUCUCAUGGAAUGUGCUCUCAAAAAAGUCGAAUGCACUUCACAUCCCUGUCCCGAUAUUCCGAUCUGCGUGGGAGUUCAACAAUGCCCGAUUCCACAACGAGACAUCUAUCGAAAUCCGAUCAUUUGCGAGAAUGAUGGAAGCUGCGGGAACAAUGCAAAGUGUCAGAAUGGAAUCUGUUGUCAUCAAAAAGUCCAAACUCAAUCAUCGGUUAACUUAAUGGUCCCAGUUAUCGUAGCAACACCUUCAGUUCCAGAAACUUCGUUAGCAACAAGUGAGUUAUUCCAGGGGGAUUCUUGAGAGGAAAACCAAGACAAAUUUCAGAUUGUUCAACGAUGGUAACUGCUUUCGAUAAACUAGUUAAAUUUGGAGCCGUGAUUCGCGGAGCUUUCCCAAAAUGUUCAAUAACCGGAAACUAUGAGAAAACCCAAUGUGACAGUAAACGAUGUUGGUGUGUCGAUGACAUUUCAGGACAAGAAAUUCACGGAACUCGAAAGAAGAAGCUGAAAAACGCGUGCAAAUCUCAAUCACUCUGCUUUUCAAAAUGCUCAACAAGUCUUUGUCCCUACGGACUUCUUCUAGAUUCAAUCGGUUGCCCAAGACCAGAAUGUAUUUGUAAAUCAGCCUGUGAGAAUGUAGACUGUCCAAGUGGUCAAGUCUGCAUCCUUAGGCAAGUUGAUUGUGGAGGAAAGUUCUGCCUCCCAGUUCCAACUUGUGAGCCCUCGCCUUGCAAUAGUGGGAUGAAACCUCUAGUCGAAGCUCGAACUCGUCAACAAUAUUCUUGCGCUCAAAAAAACUUGGUUUGUCCCACUGGAUAUUAUUGCACCGCCUAUGAUAAUAAUAUGCAAGGAGUAUGUUGCCCGGGAACUGAUUCGAUUCUAAGUAUCGGUCAUAAUGAUGGAUUAACCUGUCCGCACGGUGAUCCAUUUUCCUUGAUCUCUGAUGGAACUCCAACAAGUUGCACUGUCAAAUCGAAUGGCUGCCCUUCAACGCAUUAUUGCUCCACACAAGCUUCCCAAAAAUCGGGGAUUUGCUGUGUUUCAAAAAGUGAGUGUCACUCACUCACUGAGUGAAAAAACCCUCAAUUUUUUCUUUCAAAAAUUAAUUCUAGGACACGUUUGCAACCUGCUCAGUGAUUCUGGCCCCUGCAAGGCAAAAGUUUCCCGCUUCUUCUACUCAUCAAAAAGUCAUUCUUGUGAACUUUUUGAAUACGGAGGAUGCGCGGGAAACUUGAACAACUUCGCAACUCGACAAGACUGUGAGAACUUCUGCGCAGGUAUCGGGUUGGAUUUAUCUUCUCCUUAUGAUUUUGCGACCGCUCAAUUACCCAUUGAAUCUUAUCAAAUCGCAUUUUCAUUAACCGGACAGAAGAUCCAUGCUGCAAAGAAAUUGCAAGCCGAAAAAGAGUUAACCGACACACUUGUUGAAAAAUUCCGAAUUCCACGUGGAUCUAUUGAUGACGUCACAAUUCGAGAUGAUAAUACGGUGAAAUUCACGAUAACUGACAUUGAAUCUAGACAAUUUGCAAGAUCCAUAUCGGAACAAGUGUCAAAUGGACAAUUGACGAUGGUGUUGUCUGGGAACACACUAAAAGCUGAACCGCACACUCUAAUUGCUCAUCAUUUGGCUGAUGAGAAUAUGGCGAAAGGAACUGCACGAGUUGUGUUUUAUGGUAAGUUCAAAGAACAUUUCAGAAAAAAAUUAAUAUGUAUGUUAUUUUCAGCAAUGCUUCUGGCUUCAUCAAUUUUUCUCAUGUGUGUGAUUUGUGUUUUCUGUUUUUCAUGUGUGAGUUUGGGGACAAUUUUUAAUUUCACAAGGUUGAAAAAUCAAACAAUUUUGAAUAGCAAACAACAAUUUCAAAUCGGGAAAAAUAACUUAUUUCAUGAGUUACGAUAACUUUUCGAUAAAAAAAAACGUCAUUUUCAAAAAAUCGAUAUUUAUCUCAAAAUUGACGAAAAUACUUGAUUUUGUAGCUAAAAACUUUAAUUUUUCAAUAAAAUUCGAAUUUUUUAGCUUGACAAAAAUUUCGAAACGGAAAAAGUGGAAAAUUUUGUCGAGCUGAAUUGAAUCGACAAGAUUUUUCACUUUUUCCGUUUGUCAAGCUAAAUACAUUCGAAUUUCAUUGAAAAAUUGAAGUUUUUAUUUACAAAAUCAAGUAUUUUCGUCAAUUUUGAGAUGAAAACCGAUUUUUUGAAAAUUACGUUUUUUAAAUUAAAAAGUUUCGUACUUCAAUUUUUCACAUCAAAAAGUUACAGUUCUGCUACUACCGAAAUGACACAUCAAAAAAACAAUCAACAACACCAACAACAAUCACUGAGAAUCGAUCGCAUCUCGAAGAAAUGCAUCGAGUCUUCUCACGCGAUGAUGUUUCGGUUUGUUCGGAUUUGGGAGCUCGACCCGAAAUGAUGAUGAGAAGAUCGGAUCGAUCACAAAGUUGGAUCGGAUGA